UUCAAAUUGUACUCCUCAACUUAAUCACUGCCCCUACCUAACCACAACAAUUCGGUUCCUUCUUUUGCCGCCCGGCCCAGAAAUGAUUAACAAACAGUUGUUGAUUUCGUUUUGCCUACUCCUCUUCUUGGUAUUCAAACAAUUUCAUCUGUGCUUCAGUUUGGAUUUAUACUCGGAAUGUAGCAGUAAGAAAUACCGUUGUGGGAGCAUCAGCGAUGUGGAUUUUCCCUUCUGGGGAGAAGACAGGCCUGAAUAUUGUGGUCACCCUAAACUGAAGCUCAGUUGUGAGGAAAACAAUGCCACCAUUCAGAUCAAGGAAAUCAAAUACCAAGUUCUGGAGAUUGAGAAAGUAUCACCAGUCCUUAAAAUCGCUAGAGUUGACUUCUUGAACAAUGGACUUUGUUCGCCACAAUAUGGGAACAGCACUCUGGAUACGGAACUCUUCGAAUACGCCGGACCCUCCGAAGAUAUCACAAUUUUCUACGGCUGUAAUUAUACUAGUGGCAGCAUAUUCGGUUGGUUCGAUUGUAAUCCUACUGAGAAAGCGUUUAUAUUGCCAGGAAAUAGUACUACUUUGAAAAACAACGGAGAUGAUUUUUCUUGUCGUUCGAGGGUUACUGUGAGGGUUUCUGAUCCUGUAAGCAGUUACCGUGAUUUUAUGAAUUCUUCGUUAAUAGAAGAGAAUCUGAAAGAGGGUUACCCUGUUGAGUACAAGGUGGAUUUUGAAGCGUGUGAAAAGUGUAGGAACUCUUCAGGGGUUUGUGGAUACGACUUGGAAGUUAAUCGAACGACAUGUUACUGCCGCGGUGAUCAAUCUCCAGGGCUCAAGGACGUAUGUGCGAGCCCACCGGAAUCUGGAGGCACACAAAUUGGAACGCCCACUAAUUCAGACAACGAGCAAUACAUAAAAUGCAACAACACGCCCUUAAACUGCGGAGACAAAUUCAAGAACCUCGGCUAUCCUUUCUGGGGAGAGGACCGACCGGCCUAUUGCGGCCACCCAGAUUUCGAGCUCAAUUGCAGCGGGGAAGCACCGGAGCUGACGAUUGACUCGUUUGACCAUCGAGUGAUUGAAAUCAAAUCGGAUGAGCGCAAACUGACGGUGGUUCGGGAUGAGUACUGGAACAACACCUGUUCUGAUGAUCGCAAAACAGCCACGUUGAAUACAGCCUUGUUUCGUUAUGGUGUGGAUACUCAAAACCUAACGCUUUACUACAGAUGUCCUUCAUCUGUAUUUACCGAAAUGACUAAAGUUCCAUUUCAAUUCAGUUGCUCCGGUGAUACAACAGGCGUUACUAAUUUCUUUGCAACGGAGUCCAUGAGGAGUGCAAGUGCCAAUAUUCCAAGUUGCGGGAAAGGUGUGGUUCUGCGUAUUCUGGACUCCGCAGCGACGAAAUUAGAGACCCCAAAUUUAACUUUAAAUGAGCUGAGUGGUGCCAUAAAUUCAGGAUUUGGAAUAGAGUGGAAUGCAAAUAAUAGCUUUUGUGAUGAGUGUUUAAGGUCUGAGGGAGUUUGUGGAUCAGAUGAUACUACAAGGCAAUUCAAAUGUUACUGCAGAGACAGAGCUUAUAACGCUAGAUGUGGAUCGGAUACUUUUUCCGCUACACCUUCGGAACCGAAAAAGGAAACUUCAAAAGUUGUAGGCCUCUCAAUAGCUGGUGCAUGCAUCCUUGGGAUGUUUAUAGGAGGUUUUACUUAUUAUCUCAUACUAAGAAGGAAGAGACGAGCGGCUAUAGCCAAGAGCAAAGACCUUUCUGCACCCCCAUCAAGCAAGAGCCUCAUUACUUCCUCAACCAAUUUCUCUCGAAGCACCCCCACUGACUCCUAUGCGCUCUCUAAAUCUGACAUUGAAAAGGGUAGCACCUACUUCGGAACUGAGGUCUUUAGUUACACUGAACUAGAGGAAGCCACUGAUAACUUUGACCCAUCAAAAGAACUUGGAGAAGGAGGCUUUGGCACUGUUUACUAUGGCAAGCUCCGUGAUGGCCGUGUGGUUGCAGUAAAGCGCCUUUAUGAAAACAAUUUCAAGCGUGUAGAGCAGUUCAUGAAUGAAGUUAAGAUCCUUACUGGUUUAGGACACCAGAACCUUGUGAAGUUGUUCGGCUGCACCUCAAGACGAAGCAGAGAACUCCUCUUGGUUUACGAAUUCAUCCCAAAUGGAACAGUGGCUGAUCAUCUUCACGGAAAACAAUCAACCUCUUGUGUGAUGAGUUGGCCAGUUCGGCUGAGCAUCGCCAUAGAGACAGCUGAUGCACUAGCCUACCUCCAUCGCUCAGAGAUAAUACACCGAGAUGUAAAAACCAACAACAUUCUCCUUGACAACGAAUUCCGAGUGAAAGUGGCCGAUUUUGGUCUCUCAAGAUUGUUCCCCACUGAUGUGACCCAUGUCUCAACUGCCCCACAAGGUACUCCUGGCUAUGUUGAUCCUGAAUACUACCAAUGCUACCAACUCACAGACAAGAGUGAUGUCUAUAGCUUUGGAGUGGUGUUGGUUGAGCUUAUAUCAUCAUUACAAGCCGUGGACACCAACCGGCACAGGCAUGAUAUCAAUUUAGCAAACAUGGCUAUAACCAGGAUCCAAAAUCAUGCAGUGAAUGAGCUAGUUGAUCCUUCACUUGGAUUCGACAAAGACUUCACCAUAAGGAAAAUGACAACGGCCGUGGCAGAGUUGGCCUUUCGGUGUUUGCAGCAGGAGAAAGAUAUGAGGCCAUCCAUGGAAGAAGUGGUGGCUGUUCUGAGAGCAAUCAAGAAUGAAGAGUUUAUAAUACAAAAGGCAGAUGUGGUGGACAUCAGAUCUGAUGAUAUGGGGCUUCUGAAGAACUUGCCUCCUCCGCUUUCACCAGAUUCGGUUGUCAAUGAGAAAUAUGUUAGCAACUCUACGACACCAAAUUCCUAUUAACACUUCCAUCAGCGAUCCCUUUCUUUCUUUUUUUCAUUUACUUUUUCUCAGUGUUGGGGCUUCAAUCUUGUGGUAGAUUGUAAAAGUGUGUCAUUAUCAGAUCAGAUGUCAUUUCACCAUGUUGGUCUAGAUGAGCUUCAUUGUCUUCUGCCAUGUGGUUGUUUCUAAGUUUUGUUCACUUGUUGGUGGUGCAAAUGAAGCAGUGUAUAUAGUAAAUAUAGCUGGCAGAUAUUUAUUCUUGUGUUGUGUUUUCAUGGACGAGGUUUGGCAUUGGACAAUGUAUACGGAAUAAAUUUUAUGAGUA